AUGGCCAUCAGCAUGCUUCAAAAUGGGGGCUUUGUUUUAGGGCUCAAUGGUCUGGCUGCAGUCAUUGCUGCCACAGUUAUGAAUAAUUGGAGCACCAAGGAUCGUCAGGGAGAUGUUGUGACCUCAGUGUACACCUAUAAAGGACUGUGGCAGGACUGCGAGGUGUCCACCUCUGGAUUCACAGAAUGCCGGCCACUCUACGGCCUUCUGGGUUACACAGGUCAGUUCCAGGCUGUUAGAGCAUUGAUGAUUAUUGCUGUCGUCAUGGGUGUGCUUGCCACUGGGAUCUCCCUCUUCUCUCUGAAAUGCUUUAAAAUUGGCAACACAGAGGAUUCCUCAAAGGCCAAAAUGACUCUGACAGCAGGCAUCAUGUUUAUUAUUGCAGGCUUCUGUGCCAUUGCUGGAGCAUCCGUGUAUGCUUACCAAAUAGUGGCCAGUUUCAGGAGGACCGUUUAUAAUCCUAAUUAUGGCGGAAUGUCCCAGAUGGAAGGAAUGGGGAUGCAAAUGGCUACGACGUACACAUUUGGACCAGCCCUCUUUGUGGCCUGGAUAGGAGGAGGCUUGUUGCAAAUAGGAGGAGUUUUAAAGUGUAUGGCCUUUAAAGGGAUGCAUAACGAGACUACACCGUAUAAGGCAGUUGCCUACAGAGCUACAGGGCAGCCCAAAGUAGCUGAGGAGGGCAGUGAAAGAGGACUGAGAGAUCCAAAAUAUGUCUAA